GAACAGGGCCCCCUCAAUUACUCCAGCUCCACUGUCCUCCAGAGAUCAAAGCAAAACCAAAAGGAAAGAGCUAAAAAAAAAAGGGCAGUUCCCAGUUCCCCACUGGGAGGAGGUAUAAGGGGCCAGCCCCCAAGCUUGCUGUCUUCCCUGGGGUCCUGAGAAAGGAGGCGCUUGGCGACCUCUAUGAGCCAAAAGAAGCUACGGGGAGCAGAGGCAGCUAGCCGGCCAGUCCCUGGUGCUUUUCCGGGGGACUAGAAACAGGGUCUUUGCCAAGGCUCUUCCCACCCCGCAAGGGGCCCUCCCCCCACGCAGUGUUUGCCUCCAGUGACAGCGACUGGGGGGUCACGAUCAGGAGUGGGCUGCGGUAAAGAAUCCAGGAUUUCUGUGAGGGGCAGGCAAACACCGCCUCCCUCUGCCCCCCGCAAUUUCAUCCACUCCGCCAGAUUGCAGAGGAGGUUCUUGGUUCGCUCGCGUGGACCAGCGCACCCGACUCGCAGUCAUGUCCGAAGCUGUGGUCGCUUCGCUCCCCACCCUACUGCUCCUGCUGGGCCUCACCGCAGCUGAUUGUCCUUCUUCUACCUGGGUUCAAUUUCAAAGCAAUUGUUAUAUUUUUCUUGAAACAUCAGUCAAAAUAGGAAACAUUGAGGAUGUAAGAAAUCAGUGUACAGACUAUGCUUCAGGAGCUGAUAUGAUUAGCAUACAUAAUGAAGAAGAAAAUGCAUUUAUAUUGGAGACUUUUAAAAAACGAUGGAAGAGCCAGGAUGAUAUUUUAUUAGGCAUGUUUUAUGACACAGAUGAUGAAAGCUUCAAAUGGUAUGACAAGUCUAACAUGACAUUUAACAAGUGGAAAAACUCAGAAGAAAGUCCAAAUCUAAUAGACACAUGUGCUUUUUUUCAAACCAAGUCUGGUAUAUGGAAAAAAGGAAAUUGUGAAGUUUCUUCUGUGGAGGGCGCCCUAUGUAAAGCAGCUGUUUCUUAUGAGAAGAAAUACUUGCCAGAUAACCAUAUUUUAAUAACAGCAUUGGUGAUUGCCAGCACUACAAUCCUGACAAUUACAGGAGCAAUAGUUUGGUUCCUCUACAAAAGAAAUCUCACUUCUGGCCUAACAAAUACAGCUUACACAACAGCACCUCAACUUUCUUAUAAUGAUGACUGUAUUUUAGUAGAUGCAGAAGAAAAUGAGUAUGUUGCUUAAUUUCAAUAAGAACUGAUAAUUUCAGAUACAGAUUCAAAGCAAAAUUUUGAACCACGAUCCAAAUAUAAGCUUCUAAGAUAAAGGGGAAAAAAGGUUUUUUAAAUCACAAAAUCAUUUUUCUACUUACAUAACAACUAAAAAAUCAUCUCUAAAGAAUGCUGAUCAUACUGGAAACAAUUCUUUGACUAGCAAAAAGAAUUUAUAGCUUCAAAGCAAAACUAGGUUAAAAUUGGAGGAAGUCUUAUAAAGCAUCUGAUCCAAUACCCUAAUUUUUCAGAUAAGGAAAAUGAGUGAGGCAUGAAGUGAUGUGCCCAAACUCUCAAAGCCAGUUAUUCAUUUGAAAAGGGAGAUACUUAAGCUACAUGUAUAACUAAAUUGCAGUUUAUAUAAACACUAAAUAUUAUAAUGGUAAUAAAAUGAAAUGGAUUAUUAAGAAACAUACUGGAAUUUUCAUAUCCACCUACAUAUUUUUCUUCAAAGUAGAGACAUCAUGGGACUUAUUUAUAGAUAUGAAAUAUACAGUUCCUGGACUAUUCACUAUAUACGUUCAUGGACUACACAUCACAGACAACUGUUAAAGGGCUGAAAUUUGAACCGAAGACCUCUGACUCCAAAUUCUAAGUUCUUUCCACUAAAUCAUUUUACAAGUUAUGCAAGAUAAUCAAGUCUCAUUACUUAAUUACCACGGAAUGUUUUUCUACUCACAAUACGGAUUGAAAUAUGGAUGAAACCAUAGGGGUUGUUCAAUUCCUUGUUAUAGGUGCAGAAAUUCAUGGCAAGAGGUUAUAAAUUGUACUUCACAGUUAAGAAGCAAUCAAAAUUCGGAUGCAAGAGUUAUCUUUAAAUCUGGUAUUUCCAAUAUAUCACUGUUCUGAAUAACAUUCAGCAGUUUCCAAAAAUUUAUAUUGCAUACGUGGGGGCUUAUGCCCCCAAAUUUUAAAGAGAUGGCAGCAUUAGAUGUCUUCUUUCAAGUGUUCAAGUUAUUUACAUAACUGUUAAGCAGGAGAAUGCUGGAAUUCUGUUCACAUUUGAUUUGGGAAUGAAGUUAUCUGUAAGUCACCAUGCAAUUAAUAAGAGGUUUACUUUGCCCAAACAUAGCAAGGAAACAGUAUAAUUUAGCUACCCUGGGUAAACCCUUGCCUUUAUAUGGAAAACAUGUCAGCAUGGAAAUAUGAAGACUUGCAUAAUCUUCAACCAUCUACUUGGUUGGUCAGAGGGGCUCAAACUCUUUCAUAGUUGAGACUUUGCUCUUUUAGAAAUCUGCAUAAAGGGAAAGGGGGCAAUCAAGUCCUGGGGACAGCUUUGUCUUUCAGGAAAAUUAAUUCUUACUAUGGGAAUUUGGUUCUAUCACACAUACCUAACUUCAGGUCUUCUCCAUUAUGAAAUACAUGAAUCCCAUUUACCCAUACUAUUUUUCAUCAACAUACAAGCUGACAUUUACAAUUUAAGCUUCAUUUACUCCAUUAAAUUGCUGCAAAAAAACAUAGAGAGAAAGCACUCAACACUGGUCAGUGCUGACAGAUAGUUCUAGCAAUUCCCUUACUGAUUGAAAGUUUGUACUGAGGAAAAAAGCCUAUGUAAUCUACUAAAGCGGAAAAGAGAAAGGGAAAAAUUCCGUCUACUGAUAUGCUCAUUACCAUGGUGAUUUGUCCACUGUAGCUUCUUGGAUUAAGGCUUAUGACAUAAAGGAGAAUAAGAAAAAAAGAAAAAGCCUAAACCUGCAGAUUCACUAUUAAUAUUCAACCCAACUAGAAUUUUGCAUUAAAAUAUUCUGAACCUGGAAUUAAUGAUCUUAAAAAUGUCUGUGUACAUGUAUGUGUGUGUGUGUAUAAAUAUAUAUUUAUUUCAGUAACUAAACCAUCUUCUACUGCCAGAAUAUACUCCAUCUCAAUCUCCCAGAAUUCAUGCCUAUAUAUAAAUAAAAUAGGAAAGGACCAUGACCAUGUAGUCUAACCCCCUCAAUUUGUACAAUUGUUGUCAUCAUUGCUCAGCUGUUUCAGUUGUGUCUGACUUCAUGACCCUAAUUGGAGUUUUUAUGUCAGAUACUGUAGUUUGCAUUUUCUUCUGUACCUCUACAAAUUAGCAGGUUUUUCCAAAUCAUUAAAUAUACAGAAGUAGAAAGUAAUAUUGAAUUAAUAAAAAUAAAGUUCACGAACGCCAAAUUAAAAAUCUUUUCCAUUUAAUAUGUUGUUUAUUUGAUUAUAAUUUUGCUUCUGGCAUCAAAAACAUUCAUUACUCAUGUUUCAUCAAAAAUGAUGGCAUUAAUUUAUUAAAUUAAACAAUCUAAAAUAAAGUGAAAUUCAGAGGUAAAAUAACUUCUCCGAGGUUACAGGCACAUUUAAAAUGGUAUGAAAAGUCAAACUCUGGUCCUUUUGACUGAAAAUCCAGCACUUCUAUCAUACCAUUAACUUCCUCUAUCUUCCUGUAAUAGGUUUUUUUUCUUUGUACUGUAACUGUUUACAUACUUUAUCCAGCCCCACUCCCUUCAGCAGAAUGUAUGGUAAGGACUUUUUUUUGUAUUCUCAAUAUUAGUUUAUAUUAAGGUAUUUAAAUGAGUUUGUUGAAUUUAACUGAAAUCAAUGACUAACCCAAGUCAGAGGAAGGGGCUAACAUUGUCUUGCACAUUAGCUUAUCAACUAUAUAAUACAAUAAAUGACUAACUUUAAUUCAGACCUUUGCUCCCAUGCAUAGAAAUAUGUUUUUAGAAUGGAAAUAUUACCCAAGAGACUCUUAGAAAAAAGUUUUGCAGAAAUAGACUUAUUAGUACUUGAAUAAUAACACAAGAUAUCCCUAUAGUCUUAGGGCAGUUUCAAGUUAUUAAAGCUUGAUGACAAGUU